CUGUUCGUGUGCCGGUGUUUGAUGGUACGUUCCCGCAAUAAGCUCCAUUUUGCAGUCGAAACUAACGAAGAGAAGUAAUGGCCGAGGCGAACAAUAACGUUGGAGCAGCUACCCCCACCGCCCGAGAGGUUCAGCAAAGCUUUGCCGAUUCUCUUGGCUAUGCCGAGGAGAUUAUCUGGGACCUCUUGUCCAAAGAGCAGGCGCACAUCUUGAAGCGUAAGCUGAGGGAGCUGGUGCGCGAUCCGCAGCCAUCCAAUGAGAAAAUCCGAGAAACAAUCUUUAAUGCGGUGUGGGAGCAGCGAAAAUAUACAAAUCGCCAGUCGCUGACGUCCAUAAUUUACGUAAUGGUUGUGCCGAACGAACAGGAUCUUAAUCGCGCCGAGGAUUGCCGUUCCUUUUCUUGUCAUCCGGUUUUCCGCACGCGUCGUUGUGUCACCGGAAACAGCGGAAGAAGCGGCGACAGCUUCAACUGCUGCAUGGUGUUCGUGGACGAGAAUGGACGCGUAUAUCCGAACUGGGCCUCAUAUGUGGCCACAAACGAGCUACCCGACGGUGUGAUGGUGGCCCCCGAGCGUGGCAUUUACAAGAUUGUCCACGGUCAGGUGCGGCUGGACAAGUACACGACACCGGCGGGCAGCACAAAGAAAAAGGUGCUCGGAUAUCUGGACACGGGCAGUGCGAUCGGUGGCUUUGCAGCUGCCUGCAUACCAGUGGCCGCUUUCCUAACGCUGCCGGUGAGUGCGCCUCUGAUGGCGGCUGCCGGUGCCGUGGGCCUGGCUACUGCCGGUUAUGCCACGGCACGUUCCAGUGCCAAGCUGGUGGAUCGCAGCCAGCAUGAGCAGUCCAUCAAUGUGACAGACAGGGAGGCGCGUGGCCACUGGCUGGGCGUUAUCGCUGGAACCGUGGGCCUGGGCGCUGCAGGUGCUACCAGUGCAAUGUCAGCGGCCACAGCCGCCGGCAAGGAGGUGGGAGCGAUCACUCAGCUGACCAUUAAUGGGUUUAACAUCUCCUCGAUUGUCAUCUCGGGCACUGGCGUGGCCAAUGGUGUGCUCGACUUGAUACUGAAACAUCAGGAUGGCGAUAAUGUCACAGCCAUGGAUGUGCUGCAGCUCUCGGCCUCGCUGGUGCUGUUCACGCACAGCGUUUACAAUUUCCGUUUGGCAUCGACAAUUAUCAAUGAUACGGCGAACAGCAAGAUAGGCAGCUAUCGCGAGACACUGAGCAAUCGACAGCGUCGCGCCUUUGAUAAGGUGUCCAAAGAGACCAUACGCAUCCGUGGCAAUACACAGGGCAAGCUGGACAUAAUACGCGGCGUGAAUGAGGUGCCCUCACGGCAGCAAUUCAACGAUCUGUACAAGAUCAACAAGCAGCUGAACAAGGAGGGCGUGCGCGCUGCCUUUGCGCCCGAUGGCAAGGGCUUCGUGCUGAACGAUCAGGUGGCCACCAAUACGGCGGAGCUGCGUGCCAGUGUGCAGCAUAAUCAGGGGCCCGACAUACUGGGUCAGGUGCGGCAGCCGAUACCCGCCACCCAUGAGGCAGCGGUAAAUACCAGAACGAUUGGUGGCUCCCGCCUGCUGGGUCCCAAUCCGACUGCCCUUGACGGACCAGAGGCUGCCAACUAUUCCACGGGCGCAUAUGCGCUCCAGCUUAGCUCCGUUGUGGUCAGCGGUGUGGUCUUUGUCCUGGAGAAAUACGGCAAGGUGCUCUUUGAACACAUUGUCAAUGCCGAGAGUAUUGAGAAUUUGAUCACCAGCAUGGCCAACAACCUGGAACCCGAAAUCUUUGAUUUCAUCUUGAAUCUAACGCGCACCUUCAUGGACACAAUGCUGGCUGAAUUAACGUCGGUGCUGAAGUUCUUUAUUGCCACCGAAUCGGUGCUGUAUCACAUCCUUAAGCAUAUUCUGGACAACUACAGAGAUGGGGACUACGAUGAGAUUGUCGCGCACACCGUGGACAUUUUGACAGCCGUCAGUGCCUACUUUAUGUCGCUGAAUCCAAACUCCUACUCCGAACUCCUCACGAAAUGUGACGUCUGCGGGGGCUACUACAGCAUCUGCCAAUUGUAGGCAAAUGUCGCAGAAGAGGAAACAAAUGUAAACCCAAUCACAAAGUGAACUUUAAACAUAUUAUAAAUGAGCACAACUUGACAACAAAUAACAUGGCAAAAUAAUGGCUCUACACAAAUUUGAUAGAACUUACAAUGUACACAAAAUUAAAUAAUAAAUAAAUAGUACUGUUUUCUAAAA